AUGACAACAGAUGCGUUACAAUUGGUACAAAUUUGGACAAAGUUGAACCUUUGGGAGCAGCUACGUGGUACAGUAGGCAAGCAAGUAAGAAAACAACUGCAACAACCUGCCGUUUUGAAGUCAUAUAAUGCGUACAUGGGAGGUAUUGACCACCAUGACUGGUUAGCUGGAAAAUAUGCGACGGUAAUUAGAGGGAGAAAAUGGGACUGGGUCCUAUUUACACAUAUUCUGGAAAUGGCCCUCGUAAAUGCCUGGCUCUUCUACAGACUAGCACAUGUUAAAAAUGCACUGGAUUUACUGGAUUUCAGACGUGCUGUUACAGUUACAUACCUGAAAUUGGACACUGGAAGACCAAAUAUUGGAUGUCCAAUGGAAUACCCAUCAAGUCAGUUGGAAGUGAUACCAGACAUCAGGUUUGAUGGAAUUGGUCAUAUGAUUGACAAAAGAAGCAUGCAAAGAUGA